AUAGAAAAGAAAAGAAAGAAAAACCCAAAAAGAGGAAAAAUUUCAGUCUUCUAAGAAAGAAAGUUUCUCAUCGUGUUCCUCUAGUUGACGACAAAUCACUUCCAUAGAGAUAGAUAGAGAUUCUUUCUCUCCAAACUCCUUCAUCUGCUUUUACAGCAAUUCGAGGUUGCUUUUGCUCUUCUGGGCUCUCUGCAAUUUCUGAGCUCAACCUCAACCAAAAGAGAUUGCGAGGGUGUUUUCUGUUUAGUUGGAAAUGGUGGCUAUUCAAUUGGAAACAUGUUGUGAGUGUUAGUAGUCAUGUUAAAAAGAAUAGUUUAUGAGGAUUCCUGAAUAAAUUUGGGUGUGUAACAAUGCUUUUGUUGUUUAUAGAAGUCGGUAACUGUGAGAAAGUGGUCUCGUAUUCUUGUUAUUGUGGUUGAUUUGUUUAAGAAAGUGAAGAGAAGAAGAGAACCAUAUUGGAUGGGUAAUAAACUCGGAAAAAGGAGACAGGUGAUUGAUGAGAAGUAUACAAGGCCUCAGGGUCUAUACCACCAUAAAGAUGUGGAUCAUAAGAAACUCAGGAAGCUCAUACUUGAAUCUAAGCUUGCUCCAUGCUAUCCUGGACUUGAAGACUGCAUUCGGGAUCUUGAAGAAUGCCCAAUUUGCUUUCUGUUUUAUCCAAGUCUCAACAGAUCAAGAUGUUGCAUGAAAGGCAUUUGUACAGAGUGUUUUUUGCAGAUGAAAGUGCCCAAUUCAACUCGUCCUACGCAGUGCCCUUUCUGCAAAACCACCAAUUAUGCUGUGGAGUUUCGGGGUGUAAAAUCUAAGGAGGAGAAGGGCCAGGAACAAAUUGAAGAACAACGAGUCAUUGAAGCAAAAAUUAGAAUGCGACAGCAAGAACUUCAGGAUGAAGAGGAAAGAAUGCAAAAUAGACAACUAAAUUCUUCUAGCAGAAACAUGGCACCAAUCGGGGAUGAAUACAGCUCUGUUACUGUUCCAUCUUCCACUUAUCCUGCAGAAGGAGAGGAAGUCAUUUCUUCUCAGGAUUCAUGUGCUACAGUGUUUAGACCAACUCCACCUCCGGGAGCAUACAGGGAGGAUGAACUUGAUCUGGAUCUUGACGAUAUAAUGCUCAUGGAAGCAAUUUGGCUUUCUAUUCAGGAGAAUGAGAGACAUAAGGCUCCAGCUUUUGUUGAUGCUGCUCGAUCUGAACAGUUUGUCACAAGACAAAGCUAUGACUCAUCAGCCAUUAUACCUUCAGUUUCCGGGUCAUCAUCAUCCCCAUCUGGGGGUCUUGCUUGUGCAAUAGCUGCCCUUGCGGAACGGCAACAAACGAGUGGGGAAUCCUCCGUUGAUCCUGGUGGCAAUAAUGUAUCGACUUUUAAUAUGGUUCCAGGCACUAGCAGGUUUUACAACAGGGUGGAUGGAGAAUCUGAGAAUUAUCAGCCUGCAGUUAGUCUUUCUGAAUUGUCAAUCGAUCACGGGACGUCAUCGACUCAAGAUGAGAGAGAAUGGAAUGGUGAGACAACGCGGUCAAGUUAUGCAAGCUCUGACACAACCGAAGAUGCUGGCACUACUUCUGCAUUACCGACCUCAGAUGAGAUUGAGGGUGACCUUCAAAAUGCCCCAGGCCACAUCGUUCCUGAGAGUUUUGAGGAGCAGAUGAUGCUGGCCAUGGCCGUUUCUCUGGCUGAGGCGAGAGCUGUGACUAGUGGACCUGGAGUUUCGUGGCAGUAGGUAGUUUAAGUUGUGCUAUACUGGGCGCAGCAGUUUGCUAGCUGAAUCUCGAGCAAGCAAAUGUGCAAGCAUCUGCCAGUAACUAGUUGAACGAUCAAGGUAGUGAUGAUUCUCUGUCACUUUGUCAGUGCCAAGCUGCCUAUCUAUAGAUGUCAAAGGAAAACUGAUUAUUUCAGUGAAUGAAAGGCCUCUAGUUUUGCAGUUUCUUAAUCAUUUCUUCACUUUCACCCCUCUAUCCUUAAUGGUUCACAGCUUGAUUGGUGAGUCGCAAGGCUUGAUAUCGUAUUUGAUUAGUGUAUGCCUCAUAUUUCUCAUGUCAACAAUGAAAUGCAGUCGUCCCAUGAUAUUACAGUAAAUAGUGUUUCAGUCUCUUA